AUGUUCGUUUUGAUCAAUGUGACGGAUAAUCCGUGGAUUGUGGCGCUGUUGCUAUUUGUGCAAGUGGUGAUGCCGUUACUGCAGAGCAGUGCUGCAGAUCACGAGGGCGCGUCGCUUGCGUUGAACGUAGCAGUGCUCUUUUUACUCGGGCUCUCGUUUCUGACCUUUUGGAAAGUGGCGCGUUUCUGCUGUGUACUCCAUCAGCUCCGUGGACGGCAUCCUGAAAUGGGUUGGCUCGCCUUCUUCCGAGAGGCCUACACGCGGGUAGCAGAAGUAGCACAACAGCGAGAAGCCAACGAUUAUAACCGAGCAAUGCAGGAGGAUGUGCGCUCCGAGACAUUCAAUCGUACUCUGCGCACAGUCCAAGCCAUGCCUACGGAGGAAUUCAAGACACCAGAAGAGCUGGCAAAAGCCAGCAUUGCCGACUUGAAACAGCGACUCGGGCGUCGUGAUGUGGACUUUACCGGCUGCGUGGAGCGUCGAGAACUUGUGGAGCUCCUGGUGAAGUACAGAGGAGGGCCGUCGAAUAACGAUACGUGUUGUAUCUGUUGCGACGAGUACCAAACGGGCGACGUCCUCCGUCUGCUUCGAAAGUGCAAGCACGAGUUUCAUCUAGAGUGUCUCGACAAGUGGGCGUUCACAUCGGUCAACUCGCAGCGAGCGCCGUCGUGUCCGCUGUGCAACCAAAGGUUGGAGUAG